CAGGGCAUGUGACAUUGAUGUAUGUCUGAUUUAUCUGCUGGAUUUUGCCCCGGACAUCGAGUGUAUUAGAAAUCUAGUAGAUGUUUGGUUUUAUAGCAUAUAUAUUUCUUUAUUAUUAUUAUUUUUUUUUGCUUUGAUAUAUAUCUAACUGAAGUUUGAAGUCAUUGAUACGCCUAUCCCCCAGCAAAUAGUUGGGAGUCCAGAAUGAGGCUGCUCUUGUUCAUAUCUGUUGUUGUGGCUGGUGCACUGAGUGAGGAAGUUGAAAGUACCAAAGACAUUGUUCAGGACAAUUGGACUGAUUUUUGGGUUGUUCGGCUGUCAUUAAAUUUGUUGGGAUAUGCAACUAUAUUUGUUCCAGGGUUUCUGCUCAUCAGACAUUUUAGAAGAAUAAAAUAUAAUGAAAUAGCAGCUCCUGGUUGUCUUCAGAACUUUAUUGUACUGUGUGUGUUUGGGAAAGAGCAACAUGUCAGCCUUGAAGAGGGCAAUGCCCAAAAAUCUGGCACGUCAUCAACACCUGUUAAAGUGGAAGAACCUUUCAGCAAACGUGCUAUCCGUCUGUUAAUUUGUGUGGCUGGACUUCAGAUAUCUUAUCUUACAUGGGGUGUGCUACAGGAGAGGAUUAUGACUAUUGAAUAUGGACAAAAUGGAACAAAUAUUGGAGAAUUUUUUAAAGAUUCACAGUUUCUUGUUUUUAUAAAUCGUAUUCUAGCUUUUAUAAUGGCUUUAAUUGUGAUAAUGUUUCGCUCUCAACCACCCCACACUGCACCACUGUACAAGUACUCCUUUAGCUCCUUUUCUAAUAUCAUGUCUUCCUGGUGCCAAUACGAGGCAUUAAAGUUUGUCAGCUUCCCAACACAAGUUCUGGCUAAGGCAUCCAAGGUGAUCCCAGUGAUGUUGAUGGGCAAAGUAGUCUCCCAUAAAACAUAUCAGUACCAUGAGUAUGCGACAGCCAUUAUGAUUUCUGUUGGUCUCUCCAUGUUUCUGCUCACCAGUGGUGACGUCACUAGGCACAAAGACAGUGUAACAACUACAUCUGGGCUAAUUAUGUUAAUUGGCUACAUGCUGUUUGACAGUUUUACGUCUAACUGGCAGGGUGAACUGUUCACACAGUACAAGAUGUCCAGCAUCCAGAUGAUGGCUGGUGUCAACAUGUUCUCUUGUCUUCUGACCAGCGUGUCCCUCAUAGAACAGGGUGGAUUCAUUGACUCUGCAGCGUUCAUGUUGAGGCAUCCAGAAUUUUUAAUGGAUGCCGUCAUUUUAAGUAUUUGUUCCGCUAGUGGCCAGCUUUUUAUUUUCUACACCAUUUCACAGUAUGGAGCUGUAGUUUUUGUUAUAAUUAUGACUGUCAGACAAGGUUUUGCUAUUCUGUUAUCUUGCAUUAUUUACGGUCACCCACUCACUUCAGUGGGCAUUAUGGGAAUUGUAAUAUUAUUUAUCGCUCUGUUUUUGAGAAUUUACGCUACACAACGUCAGAGAAAUCUGAAAAAAACUGGUUUGGUCUCACAUAGUACAAGCGCACAGAAAAUUUGAUGUUUAUUUUUGAGAACUACUCAGUUUCAUUGACUGCUCAUGUUUAUUGUUUGCUAUACCUUAUAUACAGGUUUAAAAAAAUAAACUUCCACAUGUCACUGUUGUUUUUUUUUAAAACAUGGUCAUUUUCAAUAUUGUUUCCAGCCUUUGGAAUUUAUGUUUUCAAGAGGUUAUUUUUAGCAUCCCUUAGUCUUUGUAAAUAAAAAAUUUUGUUUUGUCACUCAAAGAUGACUUAGCUUUUUUAACUAUUCUUCAUUAUUAUUCUUUAAGCAUCUUAUCUUAGAAGAAAAUUAAAAUGAAACAACAGUGGAAGACCUUGUUUAAGUGAGUGGACCAAAAAAGAAAUAAGUUGAAUUCAGGUUUUUUUUAAAUAAUGUUCUAACCCAUUUGAUGUAAGACACAGUUUAGUCUCAUUAUUAGUAUUAUAAUACUAUAAUAAUUUAGUAUAAAGCUUGACUUGACGAAGUGUCUUAUAGACUAGUAAAUUUCAAUCUAAAAUAAAAUGAAUAGUUUAAAUUGACUUCAGAAACAUUUUUCUAGGAGUGCAAUGGAAUUAAAGUUUGGCUCCUCGUGCCUGAUAAAUUUACUGAUAUCUGUGUUGGACUGGUAAUGUUGGACGUGCCCUACAUUAGCACAAAUUAUCUCUGAUGGACUUUUGUUUGAAACUUGUAUUAAAAUUUAAAUAUUGUCUGUUAUGUUUUUCAGCUGUUACUUUGUAAUCUCAAUUUUUUUCAAUCAUUAUUUUUGUUACACACUAGUCAGAAAAAAUUUAUAAACAUUUUGUAAAGUUUGAUCUGAAGUUUUAUUGACAAAUGUGUAUGCAAAUGCUAAAGAAAUUGCAUUUGUUAUAUUGAAUGUAUAAUUUCAAACAUUAAUCAUUUUUAAAUAAAACUUAAAUCAAUUAUAAUUAAUUUUUCAAAUGUGAUAUUUUCAAAGUCAGUCCUAAAAUAUGAAAGAUUAAAAUAGGUUUGGUGCUUCCUAA